CAUAAAGAAGCUGAAAUUAUUGCCGAAUCUGCACCUCUUUCGGUGGAUAACUGACUGACGACAGAAAAAGAAACACUCAGUUCCCUUUCUCAGUUCCCAACUGCGAACUCUCUGGGUAAAGUGGCAGGGGAAUCUCCAACCUCAACAGAAAAAACAGGAACUAAAGAUGAAAACAGAAAUCGAGUGGAUCAUCGCAGUUCUUUACGCCAUCACGAUGCUCGUGGCGUUUACAGGAAAUGGUUUUCUCAUCUACAUCGUGUGGAAGAAACCCGAAGUCAGAUCACUAACAAGCUUCAUGUUUGUCAACAUGGCCAUCGCCGAUUUGCUGGUAACGUUGAUUGUGAUGCCCUGGUCGAUUUCCAUGAUAUAUACCGACGGAUUGUGGAUGAUCCCGGGAGUAUUUGGAAAAGUCAUGUGCAAAGGUGUUGUAUACACUGCCUAUGUCACUAUAACAGCAUCUGUCCUCUGCCUGACAUUCAUGGCGAUCGACAGGUACUAUGCCAUCGUUCAUCCCCUCCGCCGCCAUCUUUGGUUUCGAAAGCCUAAACUAACCGUUCCAUUUAUUUGGAUCGGGUCACUGGUCUCCAUGUCUAUUUUCCCUGUUGUUCAAAACGUGGAAGACCACAACUCCCAAUGCAUGCUAUCUGUUUACAACUUGGGUAAUCCAGAUAGGGCUCUUCGAGGGAUAUACCUCCUCCUUUUCUUCGUCAACUAUCUCAUCCCCUUGGGCGUUAUUUCUUUCCUGUAUACCAUCACUGCAUGGAAUUUAUGGUUUCAUGUUGCACCUGGAGUGAAAUAUUUGAAAGGAAACCGAGCGCAACGCGAAACCUCCAAGAGAAGAGUGGUUCGGAUGCUCAUUAUUGUUACCUGUGCCUUUGCACUUUGUUGGCUCCCACCACAAGUGGUCCACAUAAUGGAAGUCAUUCCCGCAUCAAAGUUUGAGCUACAGCCGAUUGUCAACUUUGUGUGUUUCUGGUUUGGACAUGCCAACAGUGCCGUUAACCCAUGGCUGUACAUUUUUCUGAGUACCAAGAUAAAUACGGCAUUUACCAGUAUUGUUCGCAGAAAAAGGAGCCAUUUGCCCUCAAGUCUCACCAUCGAAACAUUAGAUGCCGUCCUACCACCUGAAUAUGAAGCAAUCCAGAAAGAAUCAAGAAUAUGAUCUCUAUUAAAACAUGAAACUUUUAUUACCAAUUUGGUACCUUUAAGAUAGAAACUUGUUUAAAACGGAUUUGCGUAUUACUAAUUAGAUAACAUAAUACAAACGCCUAUAAAUUCUCCAAGCUAACAUCACAAGACCAGUAUGGCAGACAGUUAGGAGUAUUACUUUUGAGAUCUUGGGAGUGAAAGGGUUGAAGCAAAAGAAAUAAUACUUAUGGAAUAUAAAUCGUCUCAUUUCGUUUGAAGUGGAGCGAGCUAACCACUUGGCCGCCCAAUCUCCCUUAAGGUGGCAAUUUUUUUUUUAAAUUUGUUCUUGAGUACAAGCUUGCGCAAAAAAACUGACCAUGAAAAAGAAAAGAAAAGGAAAGAGAAAAUGAGGCUAAUAUUAAGAGGCUUGCACAUC